AUGUUUCGACCGCUCUGCCUCGUAGGUCGAAAAAUAUCUAUAGAAAAACAUACUGUCAGGACCAAAGUAGUUAAACCCGCUUCUAUCUUGAAACCGGCAGAAAGAAUUAAGCUUUACAAUAGAGAAAACAAGGAUCUUUUCGGUCCAUUGCUAGAGACGAAUAAGCAAAGAAAAGUCAAUUUGGCACUGCGAAAGGAAGCUAAAAAUAGAUCGAAUCAAAACAACGAGACAAAUACGUUGAAGAAAAGUACGCAAAAGUUUAUUGAUUUAAGACACUCUCAGAGCUCAAGUUCGUCUUUAAGCUUUAACAGUGUUAUUAAAAGUGUUAAAGUGAUGAACUACAAUAUGUGGCAGAAUACAAGGACUUGUUUCAAUUUAGUGGGAGUUCUAUUGAAUGGGACACAAGUAAGAUGUUUAAAAACUGUAGCGGUGAAUAACGCAACUAGGAGCUCCCCAGCCCAGCCUGGUUAUGCCAGUGAGGAUAAGAUUCUCCAGAUAAAACAGCAUCAGAAUGAUUACACUGAACAAUAUCCCUCUGUGACUUUGAUAUUAAACAAGACACUGACAGAGGAAUCUAGGAAGUUGUUAGAAAAAUGGAAGCAAGAAAGAAUAGCAGAAAUGGGUUUAGAAGAAUUUAAUAGAUUUCACCAAGCACAAUUAGCAGUUGGUACAAAGUUUCACAAUACUAUCAAAACAUACUUCACACAGGCAAGAACACAGUUACGUAUAGAGAAAGAUGUCGAAGGAGUCUGGGUGUCAGUAGCCGAAGUUCUGAAGAGCAUAUCUGCACCUAAAGCGAUUGAAUCUAAUGUAAUACAUCCUGUAUUAAAAUAUAGGGGGAUAUUUGAUGCUAUUGCGGAUUAUGAAGACAAACCAACGCUAAUCGAAUGGAAAAAAUCGGAUAAACCUCGCAAAUCGAUAUCAAUGACUUACGACAACCCUGUCCAAUUGGCCGCAUAUUUCGGAGCGGUUUGCAACGACCUCAACUACAAACACUUGAAUGUUCGAGACGCGUUACUUGUGAUAGCAUAUACCGAUGGCUCUAAAGCAGAUAUUCAGAGAAGAAACUCGAAGGUGGUAAGAGACUGUUUGAGGAGCAAAUCGGGAAUCUCUAGUGGUAUCAGAGACAAUUCAUCAAAUAUUGGAUCUUAUCUACAAGAUAAAGGCUUCAGACAGAGUCUCGGUUCAUUUGAAGAAAUAUAUAGCAUUAUAUACAAAUAUAAAAAUAUAUCUCUU